AGCCAGAGACAAGUAGCUAAAGAUAAACUAUGGAAUCACCGGCUAGGGUUAAAAAGCAUAAACAGCUAACAUCUAACCAAUAGCUUGGGAGGAAGAAGAAGAAGUAACCACAGUUCUACAACUACAAAGAUAAAAACUUAUUAUUAUUAAUUAUUAUCCCUCCGGAUCGAACCGUCGUUAUCGCCAUAGCCCAAAUGCCCAAAUGAGAACGCAGGACUCCUCGACUCUGGUCUUUCCGAGGAAGUAAUCCACCCUAUAACUACAGCUAUCAAUUAUCAUCUCCUUCACCACCAUCCCAUGCAGAGAAAAGUUAGCAAGUAAUCAACCAAGUAAAUCACAAAAGAGCAAAAGAGAGAUAACAGAUCACAGAGAUAUAGAGAACACGAUGACGAAGACGACGUUGCUCCUGUCGGCAGCAUUGAUGUUGUUCUGCUUUCUCGGGUUCUCUGUCGCUGCCGAUGCCGCCAAGAGCGUGGAGUACAAAUCGCGGAACUGCAGCGCGGAGAGGUACCGGCCGGGGGACCAACGGAAGCAUUCGAUUUCGGUGGUGCUGACGCAGCUGGUGUCGGAGGCCGUGGACAGGAUCACGUUCAACAACAAGGACUACCGAGCCGAUUACCCGCCGCAGAAGCCCAUUGUCUACGGCCACGCGCACUGUCUGUGGACGUUCGGGAUCAAAUCGACGUGCCGGAGCUGCGUCAGGGCGGCCAAGAAGCUGCUUCUCCAUGGCUGUCCGCAUAAAGUCGGGGCUUCCAUCGAGUUGGAGGAUUGCUCGCUAAGAUACGAGAACCAUUUCAUUUAGAUUGGCUAGAUAGCUAUACCAUUACCAUACACUCACAUCGAUGGACUUGCUUUUAAUCUCGCGUUUUUUGUUUGUUUGUUUGUUUCUUCGUUUUAUAGUUUAUGCCUGUCACUGUCUAAGAAAAUUAACUGUAUGAGAUCAUUUCUUAUACGUGUUUCAAAGACUUAUAUCAAUGAAAUAAAGCUUGUUCUUUCCUUUUAGUUGGCAUACUAUUAAUUUUAGAUUUUAGGCUCAUGCCUUAUAGUUAUAUAGGUUAAGCUCCUUGAAAAUCAAUUCUGUCGACACUACCUUGUUCAUGAAAAAAUAAUAAAAAUUCAUCCUCCGAUCUUCUUCCCGUCCAUACUACGUCGAUGUCAUAGUUUUUGGAGCCCAAAAUCAAAGAGUUUUGUGUCA